AUGUUUCUGAGCUUCCACAUAGUUGCUUGGAAAUGUGCGGAAUACCUCCAUCCCGAACAUUUACGUUUCUUGCAGUCGUUGCGGAUAGAUCUUGGGCGUCCGUCCCAUCUCUCAAUCUGCUCGUCCGAUUUGCAUUCUGCUUCGACCAAACUUCUUAGAAUGGUCUCUUAUGUCGUCCAAGACUCUUCUCUUCUUGAUUUGGAGAACUUUGAUAUUUCGUCCGGUCGGCUCUUCCCAUGUUCGUACAAUGAUCGUCCCACCUGGACAAUCUUGUUGUAUCUUCAGUUCUGCUCGAUCGUUCUUGAUCCUGUCUUGAUCCAAGUCUUCGUUGUGAUCUCUGGAUUAGAUCCCACGUCUUUGUCUUCCAAUCCCAGAGUGUUGAUCUUCCCAUCCCGGCCUUUGGGAUGUUUUAGGUCUUGA